ACCACGAAACCUUCUGGAGGUCAGGUCAGGGGUUCGAAUCCCGGCGUAAGCGAGCUUUUCUUGCAAAGUGAGUUUUUCUCUCGCUUCCGCUCCUGGCCUAGUGGAUAGCGCUAGUUCGUGUGUACACAGAGGGAAGAGAGUGCUGAACUCUUCUCGCAUUAAAAAUCGAAGGGUAAGUACCGCAGGAGGGGAGGGUAGAGAACGGUUCUUCUGUGUGACCACGGGUUGGAGUAAACGGCUGUGAGCACUGAUUUGAAGUGAAGACCAAAAAAAACAAAAAAAAGACUCACGUCCGUGGCGGUUGUGUGCUUCUCUUCCUGUUCCCCAUCUGGUUUUGUGGAGCGGAUCACGACUAGCGAUGCAGCCCGCGUCGGUCCGAGCGAGUGAGUUCAUCGGCGUCUGUGUUUCGAUUGAUGUUGGCUUUGAGGGGCGUCGACCGUACCACAACUGCGUGUGCGCGAUCAAGCACGCUCAUUUCGCCUCCUCCUUGUCCUUCUUCUUUGCCCUUGGCUUGUUUGUCUUGGCGACCGAUCAGCGUCACAGGCAGCAGUGGCACGUAGGACCGACGGUGGCGGGCGGCAGCAAGAACAAGUGCCCUCUGUGCCGCUUGGAGUUCUCCCAGAAAGAUGUGGUCAGCGGCGCUGAGCUCGAGAAGGCCGGAGGCGCCAGCCAGGCGGUGGGUGGGGAAGAGGGGGCGGCAGGCGCUGUCGCGGCGGCGGCGGCGGCGGCGGUACCGGGGGCGACGACGGUGGAGGGCAAGGGGGUGGGGCGUGUGCCUCCGCCGAAGGUCGCCGCGCUGCUGCAGAGCGAUAGCGCUCUCCCCCCAUCACCAAGUUGGCUAUGUCGCAUCUGCUUUUUGCGGGGUCGUGCAUCGAUCGAGGCUGACGCUUUUCCGCAACACCAUUUGCCCGCUCUGCUGCCCCCAUGGGUGCCGUCAUCGAAGCCCUUCCUUUUGGCUGACGGCUUCCGGCUCGCUCGCCUUGACGGAAGCAUGACCAACAAGCAGCGCCAGGCGGAGCUGAAGCGCUUCGCGGUCAAGGGGGGCGACGGUGCAGAGGUCAUGCUGGCAAGCCUGAUGGCGGCGGGCACCGGAAUCAACCUCACCUCAGCCAACCACUGCUUCAUCGCAGAUCCGUGGUGGAACGCCAGCGUGGAGAGCCAGGCCAUGGACCGCGUGCACCGCAUCGGCCAGACCAAGCCCGUCCGCGUGGUGAGGAUGGUCUCAGCAGACUCGGUGGAAGACCGCAUCCUGGAGAUUCAGGAGGCCAAGGAAGCCCUCGGGAAGGGGGCUCUGCGGAAGGUGAGGAGAAUUGCCCCCCCUAGGACCAUGCCUGGGCGGGAAAGCGGGGGGGGGGGGGGGGGACACUCAUGUUNGGGGGGGGGGGGGGGGGGGGGGGGGGGGGGGGGGGGGUACACUCAUGUUUUGCAUGCGGUAGCGGGUAGGCCGAGAGAAUUGAGUAUGGUUCCCUCAGGACCGAUCACCGAUGGUCAAUCGUUCCUUCCUACUGUGCUUAAGCGGGGGUCUUGGUUGGGUUUUUGUCGGAACCGGUGGCGUUCUUGGAAACGCGCGUUCUGAGCGGGAGGGUGGUCUUGGAACGGGGAGCACGCCGACGAUGUGGUGUCAGGGCGGGAUCAGGAAGAGUUGACCCCGCCGUGCUCUUGGAUUUUUUUCCCCAAAGUUUCUUCGGGCAUGUUUCUGUCCGUGUUUUGGGCCUUCUGUCUGCACCAAAGGGGCAGGAUAGGAUAGGAUAGGAUAGGAUAGGCACUGGUUUCCGCCCUCCACCUCCUCCGCUUCAUCUGUCUCUGACCACCUCCCAUUCUCCAGUGUCUACGUCUACCCUCCCCCCACCCCGCGGUCCUCAACGCUGCUGUCUGUCAGUGUAGUCCUUCCUCCUUUGCCCUCGAACCGCUCUCAAUCACGCGGAUAACCCGGCGUUACCCAAAUGAAACCCACCCAAUGGACCGUGUGAUGACCGUGAAUCCACAUUACUACCGUCACGAUCGUUCCUUCCACCACUGCGGCGUGAUGACGGCCGGUAUGAAAUUCAACGCCCUCUUCGACGUCCAGCUCAAGCCGGAAGAGGUCCGCAAGGCGAGGAUGACCGAUCUACGCACCAUCUUUGAGUGCAAGACGGAGCACGCGAUUGAAGCCUAGCCGGGGCUAAGCUGAGGCUGAACCUGGCGCAGUCAAUCCUUGCUGCCUCCUCCGGACUCCCGACAGUCACAAUAUUGUCUCGCGGUCGGUGUUGACGGUGGGGGCGGGCGGGGUGUUAUUCGCGAACCACCACCAACGCGUUUACGGUCAGUUUUGGCGAGGUCGGUCUGAGUGUCCUGCCUGGUCCAUCUCAUGAGCAGCCGAAGGGGGGGUACAUCCACUAGUGAAGAAUCUGCCCUAUGUGCCCCCCCCCCCCUUCCGGCUGUUACAUACGGGAACGACAAGUUUCUUUUUUUUGUUUGUUUGCAAUUUCCCCAUAUCUUGUGUGUCUUCGUUAUCUGUUGACCUCAUUUGUGAGAGGCUGUUCCAGUGCCGUUGCGCAAGCCUCUACCGACAUUCCAUGUACCUUUCAACGACCCUGUAGGAUACAUGUCAGUCACAGUUGUAGUUCCAUGUACUUCCUGGAGUGUUCCUCUGAUGGAGCAUAUCAGCUAAACAUUCGCCAUGAACCAAUGGUUCUUGUUAUUGUUCCCUGAUACUAUUUCUUCGGGCCCGAAUUCUGGCAAGAGUUCGGUCUCGAUCGUCAAGGUGAUGUUGGUUGACAAGGUCGUUGCUCGAUUUGGUACUUGUUUUCCUGG